AUGAAUCGCAAGAAAAAGAGCCAUCGCGCUCUUGUGGAAUCCUCAAAGCUCGCGCGAGUUCUAAGUACUCCCUCCGCCGCUACUAUCAGCAAAAUUAAGAAUUCGUCUCCUUCCUUCGCCGGUACCUCCAAUACCGGUGCAUUGGCAACCGAUUCAGAUGCUGCCGAGACUGAUUCAAGUCCUCUCUCUGUCCAUGCUCACCAGGUCUUGGACAUUGGUCAAUCUAUGGACUCGGCCGGAGUGCCGUUUGUGUUUAUCCCAGAUGAGAACAUUGAAGCAGCUAAGGAAGAAUUCAAAGAGAUCAUCUUUGCUCGGUUCCAUGGCAACUCUCCGCCAAUGGGACGAAUUAUUGGUGUCGUCAACGCGCUUUGGGCUAGGACGGGGCCACAAAUAUUUGUCCACUCUCCCUGGUCUUCGGACUUCAACCCGGAAGAAGCUCUAUUAACAUCGGCAGUGGCCCCCGUCGAGCUACGGGAUGUUCCAUAUCUGUUAUUUAACAAGGAAAGCCUCAGCCGGAUAGCAACAGCUCUGGGCAAGCCUGUCUCCCUAGCACCUGAAACAGAGCAGAAGGAAAAUUUUCAGGUUGCCAAGAUGGAGAGCUGUCAGACACCACAAUGUGAUGUCUUAGGUGGUCGAAAAGAGGAAAGAAGCUCCCCAUCUGAGUCUAUCUGCAAGCGAUCAAAAUUGCUAUCGGGAAUUUUCGACACUGAUCAAGCUGCUGAUAGGUGUCAAAGUCCAAAGGGCAAGGAUAGAGUUUUCGAAGAAAAUCAGGCUGCACCAGAGGGUCGGGACAGGAAUACUUGUGACCCUUCACCUUCAGAGGUUGAGCGUUCAUGUGAGGCUGCCAAAUUUAGGGGAUACGAUCUGAAAGCAUCAGGAGACAUUGCAGUAUUAUCCCCAACGGAGGAGAAAAACCAGACUGAAGAUUCAUCACCAUCAUCUAAGCAUGUUGGCACUGCAGAGGCCCCACGUGUGGUUGAACCUCCCUUCUACCUGGUUAAUCGCAUGGAGAGUAGCCCUAGGAUCGUGGUGGUUUGGGACCCCUUUGUUUCUGUCUUCAUCUACCAAGCUUCAGCUCAGGCAGUAACUUGCGGUAUUUUUAUCUUAGCUGAGAAUGUCAGUUUCACGGUUAUGUUUGUCUAUGGGUUUAACCAGGGAAAUGAGCACCAGGGAUUAUGGGAGGAACUUUCUAUCUUGAAUGCCACGACCCCUGCAGCAAGGUUUCCGUUGACUGUCAUCGGAGAUUUUAAUCAAAUCAUACAGUUAAAUCAGCACUCCAAUCAUAAUGCCUUGGUUAUUGAUACAUUCGGGAUGGAAGAGUUCAACCUUGCUAUUCAAGAUGCGGAUUUAUUUGAGGCCCAAGAAAAAUGGUUACCUUACACUUGGUGGAACAAUCAAGCCAUAAAUCCUAUAUCGAAAAAGAUUGACCACGCUCUCAUAAACCAGGUCUGGGCUUCUUUCUUACCAGAUUCUUAUGCGGAAUUUCUGGAACCGUUGCAAUCAGACCAUGCUGCAUGCCUUUUCAGACUUCCGUCUCUUCGACGCCAAGUCUGUAAGCCUUUUAAGUUCUUUCACCAUGUGCUAAAAAACUUCUACAAGAGGCAUUACAGUGGCAUCUCGGAGCGUGUGCGAGAGCAAGCUGCAAAGGUUGGUGUUCUUCAGAGAGCCCUCCUUACUAGCCCAAAUCCCUUCGUCGCUACUGCGGAGCAUCCGGAAAGAGUCAAAUGGCAACAACUUCUAACGGCAGAGUCAAAGUACUAUCGACGGCGAUCGCGUGUUAGAUGGGCGGAUGUUGGUGACAAGAAUACCGUUUUCUACCAUAGAACAGUUGCUCAAAGAGUCCCUCGAAACCACAUCCACUUCCUCAACUGCAGGAAUUAA